AUGGAUCCCGACCGUAGCUUGCCUCCCGCCCCUGCUGGACAGUUCUCCUCUCAGUCCCAGGGACAAUCCUCUCAACCCACAGUCCAGGAGCCCUCGCCGUUAGUGGGACCUGAACAUAUAGACAGAGAAGGUCGUCCGGAGAGUCAAUCAGUGGUCACUGAGAAGCCCCUCCUUGGCAGUUCGGACCCACAUUCCCCGUCAAAUUCCCCAGCACAUUCUCCAGCACAUUCCCCAGCUCGUGAUCGCAGUGAUCCAUAUGCAGAUUUCGAGCCUGUUCAACCUCCUCCACCUGCAAGAAACAGGGACGGAAACAUGCUGCGUGGACCGUCGCGUCGUUCAGUUGGGGGCUAUGCUCGUUCCAACGCAUCUGGUAUAGGCUGGAUAGUGCCCGGGAUUGAAGAGAAACCUCACCGGCGUACAAUCGGAGAGCGACUCGCCCCUACUAUUGAUAAUGCAGAGAAGGAGAGGGCGCGAUAUGCCACAAAAGGCCUUGCGUUGAACAUUGCGAUAGGCUUACAAGUUUUGCUUGGGGCACUCACUACGGGUAUUUCGGCAGCAACGUCGGGUAAGCAGACUUCGAUUGGCAUAUCCAUCCUUGGUGGUGCGGCGACAUUAGUCGCUUCCUAUCUCGCUCGUACACGGGGAUCAAACGAACCAGAACUAUCCAUAACUCGCGUUAAGGACCUAGAUCAAUUCUUGAGGGACUGCUUAGCUUUUAAGAUGGAUCACGGACAUGAAUAUGGGUCACCUGGUGAUGAUCUGAAUGCUCGGCUAGAUCAUCUCAGAAGAAGGUUUGAAGAACUUCUUGGAAAUGGUGACGGGCAGCGGAAACUUUCCCCACCGGUUUGAAUGUAAUUAUUUCAGGCUCCUAUGCACAUUCCAUGGUGGUCCCCGCACACUCGUUCUGCGCUACAUUUUCUAUUAAUUAUUAGUUCACAUACGCAGUUCUCAUAUAUACCACCUUCUCCAAACUUGAAUGUGAUACCACUGUAACCACUUGUUUGGUAAUAAAUAUGCUGUUCGUUUUGCGUAC